UAAAAAUUGAAAAUUUGGACCUUGUUCUGCACAUUUUUUUCCCUCUUCAAUAAUUGUCAAACCAAAAUCUUGAGUGUCCCUACUGCUGUAAGACACUUUCACACUGCUCUCUCAACAGAGAAAUCAAGAAUGAUGGAUGGUGGCAAGAAAGAGGAAGCAGGUCCAUCUCAUGGCGGUGCUACUUGGGAUAAGAGGAAGGAGGAAGAAGAUGGAGAAAGUGAAGAAGAUGACCAUCAUCAAGAUCCUGCUGCUGCUGUUGCUGCUGCAACAAGUUUUGUUCCUGGUCCUCUUCUUUCUCUUAAAGAUCAAAUUGAAAAGGACAAGGAGGAUGAGAGCUUGAGGAGGUGGAAAGAAAAGCUGCUUGGUUGUCUGGAAAGCGACUUAGAUGGACAAAUGGAACCUGAAGUUAAGUUCCACUCAGUUGGAAUCCUUUCGUCUGACUUUGGGGAGAUAAACACUCCAUUACCUAUCAAAGAAGAACAAAGCAAUUCUGUUCUCUUUACACUCAGGGAGGGCUCUGAGUAUCGGCUUAAGCUAACAUUUAGUGUUCUGCACAACAUUGUUUCUGGUUUGGCCUACACAAAUAUAGUAUGGAAGGCUGGUCUUCAAGUUGAUCAAAGUAAGGGAAUGCUUGGCACCUUUGCUCCUCUGCGAGAACCUUACAUACAUAUGUUAGAAGAGGAGACCACUCCUUCAGGUGCACUUGCAAGAGGAACAUAUACAGCUAAACUUAAGUUUAUGGAUGAUGAUAAAAGAUGUCAUUUGGAGCUCAACUAUUCAUUUGAAAUCAGCAAGGCUAGGUAGCCAAGGUGUCCCUGCAACUAUUUCUGGCCUUCUUGGAAACUGGAUAUUCGACUGAAUUCGUGUCUUUGGAUUGUGCCUUGUUUACUGGAUCCAGCACAUACAUAGCAAUAGCUUAGCAAAUAUGAUUUACUUUUACAGUGGAUUCUCUUGAUGCCUUGUAUGAAAUUUGGUUGUUUUUCAUGUUACUGCAACAAAAUCCUUCAUU